AGGGCGUGGAACGUGGACGUGAUGCGUUUCUUCCUGGAGAGGGGGGCUGAUGUUCUGCGUCCUGACUCCUACGGGGUCACGCCCCUGCAUGUUGCCGCAGCUCUGGACUACGAGGAGAUGAUCCACUUCCUGUUGGAGAGGAAAGCUGACAUUGGUGCUCAGACCAACAUGGAUCAUCAGACCCCUCUGCACUACGCUGCUAAGAACGACGCAGUGGGGGCAGUCAGGGUGCUGCUGCAGUAUGGGGCAGACAUCUCCGCACGAGACUACAAAAAGAGAACCCCUCUACAACUGGCUGCCAACCUAGACAGGAGUGAGGCUGCACGGACGCUAAUGGAACUGGGGGCAGAUGCUGGGGUGAAGGACUCUGAUGGUCAACUUUGCAUCACCGCCAUGAUUGACAAGAUGACCUCAGUGGCUCAUUUGGCGCUGAACCAGUUCCAUGUGACUGACCGGAUGACCAGGCAGCAGUUCUACUACCUCCACCUGCUGGAGCCAGAGCCACCCUGCAAGCAGAAUCCACCAGGACAGGGCUCACAAGAGGGUGUUGCCAGUGAGCCUACAUCACCAUUGGAGUUCAUAGUACACCAGGGGAAGUUGGAUCUCAUCAUGCACCCUGUGGUUCUGAAGCUCAUCACUGUCAAGUGGAAACUAUAUGGCAGGUUGGGGGCUUGGAUACUCCUACUCCUUAACUUCCUGUUUAUAGUCUCCUGGACGACCGUGGCCAUCUCUGUGUCUGUCAUCCGAAACGAGGAGCCUUAUGUUUUCCCUGAGGACUGGUGGCGUGUGUUUGGGGUGGUGGUGGCUCUGGGGCUGACAGUGGUGGAGGUGGGCCGGGAGGUGGCGGAGAUGAUAGGCUCCAGGAGGAAGCUAAGGAGCUGGCAGAGUUGGUGUGAGCAUCGCACCAACGAUGACCUGCGCUGCACACACCCAAUGUGGCCCGAGGAAAAACAUUUCUUGGAAGAGCAAAUCAAGUUUAUCCACCGCAUGAAGGGAAACUACUUACAAGACCCCUGGAACAUCUUUGAUUGGCUGGUGUACAUUCUGCUGAUGGCGGUGUUUGGGAUCCAUGUGGCAGACAUCUUCUUGUUGGCAGGCACACUGCGAGACUACAGCCUGCGCCUCUUCGCUGUAGUCAUCAUCUUCCUCUGGCUCCGGCUGAUGAAACACGUCCGAGCCUUCAGGGUUAUGGGUCCUUUCAUUGUCAUGCUGGGGAAGAUUGUGGGGGAUGUGUUGCGUUUCCUCUUCCUAUAUGCAGAGAUCUUCAUCCCUUAUGCAUGUGCCUUCUGGAUUAUAUUUGGAGGUCAGGCGUCAAUACCCAGUAUGCGGACUGUACCCCAGCUGCUCUACAGCCUGUACCGCAUCACUCUGGUGGAUGAGUACGAGUUUAAUGCCAUGGUGGAAGUGGACUCGAUCAUGGCCCACUUCCUCUGUGGUACCUUCCUGGCUCUGUCCUCCAUUCUGUGUGUCAACCUGAUGAUCGCCCUUCUCUCGGACACCUUCCAAAGGGUGUACGACAAUGCACUGGCCAAUGCAGUAAUGCAGCAAGCAGCCAUUAUCCUGCAGGUGGAGGAAUCCAUGCCCCGUCUCUGCCGUUUCUAUGACGACCAGCACAUCCACCGCUUCUGUGCCCCUCUUGGGGAGUUAUACGAUGAUGACAUCAGAACUGACUCAAAGCGGCACGCAGAGCUGAAGACGAUCACCACUCAGAUCAAGGAGACCCUAGAUGAGUUCCUGGAGAUCCAAAAAGAAGUGAAUCCCUCCGAACAACGAAGACCUGAAGAGAGUGACAGGGGCUCAUGGGAGAGGGGCUUCUCAUCCCCUGUGCAGGGGGAACACCUGCAGACUCUGCAGAGGCUCCAGAUGGACCAGACCCAGCAGAACCAGGACCUCAGUGCCCUGAGGGCAGACAUGAAGAACCUGCAGGCCCUGAUCCACCAACUGAUCCAGUCCCAGACCAGCUCAUGUGUGGAGUGUGGUGUGAAUGCAGCAGAAAGCACUGGGUCAGAGACCGUCGAAGCUCCGCCAUACAGGGCCUCAACAGGUUGACUCGUUGAUGCUGAAGAUGAUUGUAACCACAGAGACUGCACAAGCAACAAGAGAUACAGGACCAGAAAAUAAGGAUGAAACCUUCUAACUAACACCUAUCUCCUUAUCAGUUUUAGGUUAUUCAGAUCAUUUAUGGUAUCUUAUGAUAUGACUACAAUACAUGCAGUAUUUUUUUGCUAAUCUAAUAGACACGGUAAAGAGGUCAAAUGGAAGCAGACUGUGGAGGAUAGAAGGAGGAUGCCGUAUUGGCGCAUAUUCAACAAAUCGGAUAUUCUUCAAAUCUGUCAAAUCCGGUUCCGGUGGCAUGCAUUGAAAUGCAUGGCUUUUCUUUUGCAAAAUAACUAUGAAUGAAUGGACUUAUUUUCAAGUAAUUGUUAACAUACAGUAUAACAUCACAUUAAGGUGUGGGACGUUUACUGUAUUACAAGGAACAAUAGCAGGUCUGUUUCGCUCCAGUAGCUGGCAUAUUCUGUCCAUUACCAAUUCACCUAUGGGAACAUGGCUGCCCUUAACACCCGACAACAGAAAGAGUUGGCCACUACUACCAAGAGAUUGAUCGUGACAAAAUUACUUCUACCUUCGACUUGCAAUCAAAACCGAUAAAUGAAUCUCUUGCACUGCUAAAGUAGAUACCUACUCAACUAAAGUGGAACGUUUGGAGACAGCAGCCAAUCUGACAGAAGCGCGACUCCAUGACCUGGAAACAGCGUGAACUAAGCUAGAAGGCAAAACCAAUUUCCUAAAAAACUCAAAAUCAUUCCCGUAAAUUCAAUGUGCGGGUCACAGGACUUGAAACUGGUGUGGAAGCGGGCAACCCAACUUCCUUCAUGAGUAAUCUUUUCUAUGAACUGUUUGGGCGGGAGAAGCUUGGUCCCAUGCACUGAUAAACAUUGUGCACCGUACGAGUCCUCUCCGGAACGGAUCUUUGUGUAUGAUUGUACGAAUCAAAUGGCAAACUGUUCGCCUCACAGUGGAUUCGGGGGCUCUGACCAAUGGGGAGAAGAGGCUCUGCAUCUACCCAUAUCUGAGUGCUGAACUGCUGAAACAGAGGGAGACCUACAACGAGGUGAGGUCCCAGCUACGCAAGCUAAACCUGAGAUGCUGCUUCAUCCACCCGGCAAAACUCAUCUUAACCUUCCAGAAUACAACACAUACGUUUUCCACUGCCAAGGAGGCUCAAGACUUCUUCGAUAAGCACAUUAAGUCCAACACACAAGGGGACGAGCCGACAGAUUUAUUGUAGACUAACCCCAAUUUGGCUCGCUCAAUAUUCAGGUAUGCUAUCCACACACAAUCACGCAGCCUAGCCUAUGGCUGUGAUGCUGCCCUCAACAUAAGACAAUGGUGAGGAAACCAUCUCAAUUGGGUAAAACGAACACCAAUUAUUAUUAUUAUUAUUAUUGCUGAACAUUGGACUUGGUUAUUAUUAUAUUGCCAAUGUUCCAGGACAUUUAGACAAUGAUGACUCCAUGCCAAUUAAUGAACAAUGGACA